GGGCACGGCAUGGGGCGCCUGCAGCUCUUCGAGAUUCGCCUGAGCCACGGCCGCGUAGUCUACAGCCCUGGGGAGCCGCUGGUGGGAGCGGUGUGUGUGCGCCUGGGCGCACCGCUGCCCUUCCGAGCCAUCCGGGUGACGUGCUCAGGAUCCUGCGGGGUCUCCAACAAGGUCAACGAUGCCUCGUGGGUGGUAGAGGAGGGCUACUUCAGCAGCUCCCUGUCGCUGGCAGACAAGGGAAGCCUGCAGGCUGGUGAGCACACCUUCCCCUUCCAGUUCCUGCUUCCUGCCACAGCACCCACAUCCUUUGAGGGGCCUUUUGGGAAAAUCGUGCACCAAGUGCGGGCCACCAUCGACACCCCACGCUUCUCCAAGGACUAUAAGUGUAACCGUGUGUUCUACAUCUUGAGUCCGCUGAACCUGAACAGUAUUCCUGACAUCGAGCAUCCUAAUGUGGCUGCAGCCACCAAGAAGUUCUCCUACAAACUAGUGAAGACAGGGAGUGUGACCCUCAUGGCCAGCACUGACCUCCGGGGCUACGUGGUGGGCCAGGUGCUACGGCUGCAGGUUGACAUCCAGAACCAGUCGGGCAAGGACACUGGGCCUGUGGUGGCCUGUCUCCUGCAGAAAGUGUCCUACAAGGCCAAGCGCUGGAUCUACGACGUUCGGACAAUCGUGGAGGUGCAGGGCGCAGGCGCUAAGGCCUGGAGGCGCUCUGAGUGGAGAGAGCAAAUCCUGGUCCCCGCCUUGCCCCAGUCUGCUCUGCCCGGCUGCAGUCUUAUCCACGUGGACUACUGCCUGCAGGUGUCCCUGAAGGCCCCUGAGGCCACUGUGACCCUUCCGGUCUUCAUCGGUAACAUUGCUGUGAACCAUGCCCCGUUGAGUCCCCCGUUGAGUCCCAUGCUGCCCCAGGUAGUGCCUUCGGCGCCGCCCCAGGAGGAAGUGGAGGGGGCCAGCUCCCCCCACCACAUGGACCCCAUCUUUGACCCGUCUACGGAGAGCCACACGCAGACACCGCCACCUGCCGCCUUUAGCUGCGCGCCUGGCCCCUCCGAACCCGGUGCUAAAGACCACAGUCCUGUGCCCCACCCUCCCUUGUGCAUCUCUACGGGUGCCACGGUUCCCUACUUCGUGGACGGCCCCAGGGGUCCGGAGCCUGCCACCAGCACCGGAAUCCUACCUCCGGAGUACAGCGCAUGGGGAUACCCCCAUGAGGCCCCACCGUCUUAUGAGCAGAGCUGUGGCCACGCGGAGCCAGGCCCCAGCCCCGGGAGCUGA